AGAGGAGCAACACAAUUUAAUGGAUCUAAUUCGCCGCUUUACAGUUGCGUUUAAAAGAUGCGUGAUCUUUUGGUAGCACCAGAAAAAUUUGAGUGAGUCACAGAGAGAGAGAGAGAGAUCAUUGUAAGACAGAGAAUGAUGCAGCCAGAGAAAGAUCACAAAAAAGAUUGUUGCAAUCUCAUGCCUCAACCUGUGAAGGCUUUCAUCAAGUGUCUCAGAUUCAGGCGCUCUUCUUCUUCUUUAGACAUGGCGAAAGCUAAACCAAGAAAUGAGGAGAAAGUAGAAGUAUCAUCUAUUGAAACUACAACGAGGGGUCUCAAGCUAAUGGGUAGACGGAUAAGGAAACAGCCGGUUAGCUCGGGAAAACGAGGUGGAGUUAACAACUACGACAUGUAGCUAGCUAGAGUCUUGAUGUCUAAUUAGAUAAUCUUGUUUAGUAGUUUACUCUAAACGAAACUUGCUUUGCUUCUCAAGAAUAAUGGUAUCAGUAUUACAAUU